AUGACGGAAAUCCGGAAGAGGGCUUUGUUCGGGGUGGACAAGUGUGUGGGCGUGUAUCGAGCUUUGUUCUGGGUCCCAACACCGCUGGGCUCAGAUGCAGCUCCACAGAGGUUCUCAGAGGGCAGAGCACUGGAGACAGUUGCUUAUCUCAGUGACACCAUCGGCCGUCGCAUUGUCAGCACUCCUCAGAUUGAGGAGUCAGCUCUGUAUGUGGAGCAACAGGCCAAGCUGCUGCAGAAAUUGGCACAGCAGACUCGUCCAGAUCUGGCUGUUGAGGUGGACCGAGAGCAUACAACAGGCGGCGUCAACAUGGUGUUUGCGGGCACGCACAUCACAAAUUCCUACAACAACCUGACCAACAUCAUCGUGCGCAUUGCUCCCAAGGCCGCCCUCCACAGCAAGGCCGUCAUGAUCAAUGCGCACUUUGACUCGGUCUUCGAGAGCCCAGGCGCAUCUGACUGCGCUGCAUGCGUGGGGACGGCGCUGGAGGUAGCGCGUGUGAUUGUGGCAGACCCAGACAUCCAGCUGGCGGUGCCUCUCCUGCUGCUGCUGAAUGGUGGAGAGGAGACAAUCCUGACUGCUGCGCAUGGCUUCAUGAAGACCAGCAAGUGGGCGCCCAGCGUCGGAGCCUUCAUCAAUCUGGAGUCCACUGGCCCUGCUGGCCCCGACGUGCUAUUCCAGCACACAGGUAGUUGGACGUUGGAGGCGUAUGCUCGUGGGGCAAAGUACCCACAUGGAUCGGCCUUUGGUCAGGACUUGUUCGAAUCGCGGGUGCUGUCCAUGGACACGGACUUCCGCAUGUUCUCCUCCGACUACCACGGCUCCCUGCCGGGCAUCGACAUCGCGCAGGUGCUGGAUGGAGCCGCCUACCACAGCCACCACGACACCAUUGAGCGCCUCCGUAAGGGCACCAUCCAGAUGCUGGGGGAGAAUGUUUUGGGCGCCGUCGUUGAGUUUGCCAAGGAGCUCAAGGAGCAGGAGACAAAGGGCCUGCCUGAGUGGGACGCCGGCGGCUCGGUCUUUUUCGACUUCUUCGGCAUCAAAAUGAUCCGGUACCCAUUCCACUUUGGGAGCCUCGUGCACGCCCAGGCAUUGCCAGCUGUCGUGCUGGCAAUUCUAAUUCUGCCCCGCGCAUUCAAGGGCCAGCCACCUCAAGUUCUGCCAGCGCUGCGCGGUGCAGCACUCCGGGCUGCAGCCGCCAUCUCAGCCGCUGCUGUGCCCGCUGCGCUGGGCGCUGCUAGGGUGCUCCUGACAGGCGCGCAUCUCUCCCUGAUGAAGGAAUUGAUCAUGAUGUGGGGCAAGCCCAUGAUAUUUUUUGGGAGGAAUGCGCUGGCGCACGCCGUGUACGGCCCGGCGGCACUGGCGGGUCUGCUGCUGCCAUUUGCGCUUUUCCAAGGAGCAGCGUCCAAUGUGGACACAGCCGUGAUGGGAGCUUCACUUGUGCAUGCGGCGCUGGCGGCUGCUCUGACGUUCUCCGGAAUGAGGAGCGGCUUUGCUUUCGCCGUGUGGGCCUUUGCCGGCGUUGCCAGCCUGAUGAUCCCCCGCAAGGUAUCAACCACAAAGAAGCUGAUAUGGGCGGUGAUCACAGCGCUGCCAGCGCUGUUGGGAGUGGCGCCCUCCAUGCUGACGAUGCCCCUAUUUGUCAUCGAGCACCUGUCCAUCGGCGGGGCUGGCAAGCCCCCUCUGGGCACCCUGGCGGCUGAUGUGGUGGUGGGGAUUCUCUUUGGGCUGGUGGCUGCCCUUGUCAUGGGCCACCUUGCUGCCUGGCUGGCCCACAGCGUCCGCCCCUUCAUCUGGAGGGUGAUCCUGGGCUUGCUGCUGGCGUCGGCGGCGGCGGCCGUGUAUGCGUCGAGCGCGGAUCAUCCUUACAGCGAUGCAUUCCCCAAGCGCAUCAUGCUGCAGCACCUGCACCUGCUUGCACCUGAUGGGAGCGUGCACGAGAGCAGGUGGGCAGUGGCAACGCUGGAUGUUGUGCCUGUGGAAAUGGCUCUGCCAGAAAAGAGCACAUAUCUGGACAAUUAUGACCGUGACUGGCAGGCAAUGUACCCGGUGGGCAAUCUGUUGCGCGGCGUUGCCUUGCCGGCACCACCAUUGGACAGCAGCAUGUACAGGCCAGGCCAGAUGCGCAUCUCUCUGACCGGCACCGAGCCUUCUCCCAGCGGCAGCGAUGUCAGCCGCCUCUCACUCCUCAUGCAGCUGCCCUGGCCUGGCUGGGGGCUGCUCAAUGUGACCGGCCCUGUCGUGGGCUGGUCCUUCGCAGAGGAAAACCCAGAGACCAAGGAGCGCGUGACCCGCUUCUCUGGCAACGAGGGCAGUGACUCCUGGCCAUUCUGGCUUGACGCAGAGGGUGACUGGCAGGGGAAGGUUCGGGUGGAGCUGUCAGCCAUCAACCAUGCGAACACAACCCAGCUCCAUGACUUUACCAGCCAGAUGCCAUCCUGGACCACGGUGUCAGCCAUGACAACACUGCAAGCCAGCUACACUUUCUAG